UAAUUGACAGGAUAAAGCUGCAUCAUCUAUAUUUAUUGAACUGUUAAUUGAAUCUUAUAUAUUCUAUGAAACAAGAUAUGCACUUUGGGAAAUACUCGAUAUUUUAUCACUGAAUAUAAAAUUGAAUAAGCAAGUGUGAUGCAGCUAUAUUCUUAUUGUGUAGAAUAAGAGUCGUCCCAAGAAACUUGACAACUUGUAUGUCAAAUGCUUGUACACAGAAGCAAUAUUAAUGUCGUCGAAUUUCUUUACACAAGCAUUUUCCACUGAAUUGCUCUUUAGGAAUGCAGAUGGAGAACAACUAAUCUUGGAGGAAAAAGGAAGUUCAAAUGCUGACAAUAUCAUAAAUUUUGCUUUGCAGAGCAAGAAACAUUUUAACGUCAGCCUGUGCUUAGUAUUUUCCUGCAUAACUUUGUUCUUAUGGAUCGUAUCAGGAAUUUCAAUCCUGUUUGUUGUAUCAACAUGCGUAUUAACAUUACAGUAUAAAUCAUUUCUUGCUUCUAUCAAGCAAGAUACACUGUUGGUUGUAGAAUCUAUAGGCAUACACAUUGAAAGUAAAAGAACAUUUGGCAUUUUUACAUCUACCGAGUUCUUACCAUGGAACACAGUGGAGGAUAUAUUUAUUGGUGAAGUCAUAAAAGGGCAAAGAGUGCUCUAUUGUCUCACAAUCAUUGUAAGAGAGUCAGUUGGCAGACAGGAUUCCAGAAGAUUGGUUCCAUUGUUUCAAGAUUUGCUGCCAGAAAGAAAAUGCCUGGAAUACAUGUACAUACGUUUAGCCCACUUGAUUGGCUCAACCAAGAGAAGGAGUCCCUCUUAACAGUGCCUGGUUCUUAUUGGCUAUGUCAUAAGAAGAAUAUAUAUAAGUUCAUCUUCAAAUAUCACCGUACAAUAAAGAAUAUCACACAAUUUUCAUAUGGAAGGGAACUGUUGAAGAUCAUUCGAAAGAUUAUAAAAUGCCACCCGUCGCAGGGUCAGCAAUUCGGCACGCAGCAUCUUCUCGUUACAUACAAUUGCACAUCAUGGACACGUCAGGAUAAGAUGUUUGCGAUACUGAAAUUUCAGCAACGAACCGACGCUGCGGCAUUUUCACACGCUUUCGUAUUGACUAUAAAGAUCUCGGAAGAGCAACCGCUGUUCGACUUGAAAUAUCCAAUCGUCAAAGAAGCCAACGCAAGUGCUGCAUUCGAAAAUAUAAAUAACAUCACAGGUAUGGAUGAGAAAGCUACGGAAACUGUGACACAUGCCACGGACAAAAUGCCUCCAAGAAGAACCAGGAUUUAUUCAGACAAGAGAAUCAAUCUAAUGUUUAAACACAAUCAGAAUGCGUUAAAUGAUGCAUCGGAAGCUUCGACGAAUUCCACUCUCCGGGAUAAUAUUACAGAAAAAGCUAUUAAUUUUUGUGAGAGAUCGAAUAGAAAAGUUAAAAGCACGACCACGACCGAAGAGGGCCUCACCGAUAACUGCAGUGCAGAAAUUGAUACCGAUGAGAAAGCUACGAAAAGUGUGACACAUACCACGAACAAAUUGCCUCCAAGGAGAACCAGGUUUUAUUCAGACAAGAGAAUCAGCCAGAUAUGUAAACAAAAUCAGAAUGCGUUAAAUAAUGCAUUAGAAACUCCGACGAAUUCCACUUUGCAGGAUAAUAUUACAGAGAAAUCUACCAAUUUUUGUGAGAGAUCGAAUGGAAGAGUUAAAAGCAUGAUCACAACUGAAGAGGACUUCACCGAUAAGUGCAGUACAGAAAUUGAUAUCGAUGAGAAAGCUACGAAAAGUGUGACACAUACCACAGACAAAAUGCCUCCAAGAAGAACCAGAUUUUAUUCAGACAAGAGAAUCAGCCAGAUAUGUAAACAAAAUCAGAAUGCGUUAAAUAAUGCAUCAGAAACUCCGACGAAUUCCACUUUGCAGGAUAAUAUUACAGAGAAAUCUACUAACUUUUGUGAGAGAUCGAUUGGAAAAGUUAAAAGCACGACCACGACCGAAGAGGGCCUUACCGAUAAGUGCAGUACCGAAACUGAUAUCGAUGAGAAAGCUACGAAAAGUGUGACACAUACUACGGACAAAAUGCCUUCAAGGAGAACCAGGUUUUAUUCAGACAAGAGAAUCAGCCAGAUGUGUAAACAAAAUCAGAAUGCGUUAAAUAAUGCAUUACAAACUCCGACGAAUUCCACUUUGCAGGAUAAUAUUACAGAGAAAUCUACCAAUUUUUGUGAGAGAUCGAAUGGAAGAGUUAAAAGCAUGAUCACAACUGAAGAGGACUUCACCAAUAAGUGCAGUACAGAAAUUGAUAUCGAUGAGAAAGCUACGAAAAGUGUGACACAUACCACGGACAAAAUGCCUCCAAGGAGAACCAGGUUUUAUUCAGACAAGAGAAUCAGCCAGAUGUGUAAACAAAAUCAGAAUGCGUUAAAUAAUGCAUUACAAACUCCGACGAAUUCCACUUUGCAGGAUAAUAUUACAGAGAAAUCUACCAAUUUUUGUGAGAGGUCGAAUGGAAGAGUUAAAAGCACGACCACGACCGAAGAAGACUUCACUGAUAAACGCAGUAUAGAAACUGAUAUCAAUGAGAGAGCCGCGAAAAGUGUGACACACAGCACAGACAAAAUGCCUCCAAGGAAAACCAGGAUUUAUGCAGACAAGAGAAUCAGUCAGAUGUUUAAACAAAAUCAGAAUGCGUUAAAUAAUGCAUCAGAAACUCCGACGGAUUCCGCUCUCCAGGAUAAUAUUACAGAGAAAUCUGAUAAUUUUUGUGAAAGAUUGAAUGAAAGAAUUAAAAGCACCACCACGACCGAAGAGGGUCUCAUCGAUCAGCACAGUACAGAAAGUGAUAUCGAUGAGAAAAUUGCAAAAAGUAUGACACACACCACGGACAAAAUGCCUCUAAGGAAAAGGACCAGGACUUAUGCAGACAAGAGAAUCAGUCUGAUGUUUAAACAAAAUCAGAAUGCAUCAAAUGAUGCAUCAAAAUUUCGCGAUAGCAUAUGUGUCGAUAAGUUGAGGAAUUCUAGCAGCAGAAAAUCCGAAAAGGACAUUGUUCAUGAAAAUGCUCAGGAAAAUGCCGUUGCUCACAGACGGGAUCAAUCGAGGACAGCGAAGAAGAAGAAUGUGAUUCAAGUUGAGCGUACAGACGGUACAAAUGAGGACACUAAACGCGUAGAAAUGCAGAAGGGGCAGGUAGCGCAGAAAAUGCAGAAGCAUCAAGUGUUUCCUCCGGCCAAGCCUUCUUUUCCGACCACAGUAAUAACCAAGAACGACGUCGAAUUGUUGAACAAAAGAAAUUCUAACGAAGAUUCCAUGCGGAAAGAACGCGUUGAUAAGAACAAUUCAGCUGACGAGACCAAUAAGAGUAUUGUGGAUUCUAGAAGAGCAUCGCAUCGAUAUUGUACCCAGAAAAAUACUGAUAAUACGAAACCAGAUCGGUUGAACGCGAGGUCAACUACAUCUUCGCCAGUUUCCAAUGAGUGGAUGCAAAAGAGUUCUCAGCGAGGUACAUCCGAAGCGAAGAAUUCAAACGAGAACUUUGCGUCGACGGUGGAAACCGAGAAGGUCAACGAGGAAUCCACGCGUAAACAACAGCGUAGCGAGGCAGCCGACGAGUCGUCGGACAAGCGAUGUUCAACCUCGACUCGUCCCGUCAACGAUCGUGUGCAGAACAGUACACACAACAAGUCACACAACAGAGCACGCAAGCAGAGGAGCAGGGAAAGGGAGAAGAAAAUAUCCGUAUUGGACGAGAAGGUACUGCGUUCUUCCAACAUCACUGAUCUAGUGAUGGAGGGUCUCAUGUUUACCAUUCGACAAGAUGAGGAUAGUAUGGCUGUGAUCGAGCAGAAGACCAAGCUUGAGGUGGACGAGGUGCUGGAGAAUUCCGAGAAGGUCGAGACCGAGGCCGGGGAGAAGUGUCUGUUGAAUUCGAGCUUGCUGAGACUGGAGAACCUGAUAACGAUGAUCGAACCGCCACGCGACAAAGACGAGCAGCACAAAAUCAACCACAAUAUGAUUGGCAAUAGCUCGUAUUCGUCGGCGCUCAAUGUCGGCAAUGUUGCAUAUCACUUGGACGAUGUUGAUUAUAUAAAUAGAACGACGGGCAAGUUGGGCAUUCCCAAUUAUGAGCGGCAGAACACGGUGGAUCAGUCAAAGUCACGAGGAUUUUGUUGGCAACAGCAACGAGCUUAUUCCAACGUCGCGAGUAACGACAGCUACUCGACCACGACGAGCAGGAACGCGACGGAGAGGAACGAGCAAUCAAUGGAGUGGGAAGAUGGCAGUCGUAAGGAAGACGAAGAAUGCACGCAGCAUUACGAUGACGUCGAACUGAUAAACGAAGAAGAAGGAAAAGAAAGAAAGAAUAUAGGGGAUGAAAAGGAAGUACAAGACGUAGAGAUACAAAACGAGGAGGACGAGGAAGAGGAUAUCGUCCCCGAAGUCUUUCGCUCGACGGUAUUUCCAGUCGACAAGAACGCAGAUCCGUUAGAUACAGAUCUGUUAAUGGAUGACAUGAACGUCGAAGAAACCGGCAAAUCAACCACGUUCAUGAAGAAGCACGACGUUUCACCGCCACAGUUUCGUCUCCCGUCAGAUUCCAAUGAAAUGUCCGCGAGCGGAACUGUGAAGACUUCUAAAAAGAAACCCAAGUCCUCCAAGUGGGAGACCAAUGUCCCGAGAGUGAUCUCGAAUACUGCAAUCACUGUCGAGGAAAUACCACUAGCGUUGCAGAAGAUUCUGCGGCACACGCGCAAGUUCCCUCCGGCACCAACUGCCAAAGAAACUUCUUCGGCUGCGCACGACGACAAAGAAGAGACGCAGGACACGACGUCUGCGGAUAAUACGGCUUUCGCGAUAGGUGCUCCGUCGGAUCAAGUGAGUCUUCUUCAAUCUCAUUGGCAACAACAACAACAAAUCCAUUCCGAUAUCGCGAAUAACGACAACUAUUUGGCCAGCAAAAACGCAAUGGAGAACGAAGAGCAAUUGAUGGAAUGGGAAGUCGACGUUUGUAAGUUAGAUGAAGAAAACAUUCACCAAAACCUUUCAUCGGAGAAGAACUGUGACUUAGAUGUCGACACAAAGGACGAGUUUAUCGAAGUUGUGGACAACUCUGAUGAUGAGGAAACGAAGAAUAAAGAUCAGGACAUAAAGAUUGAUGUCGAGGACACUACAGAUUAUAACGGCGGCAUGGGAAGCAGGAAAAGAAAGACCCAGGAGACUCAUUCUACCUCGCAAGUGACCACGCUCUCGGAGAUGCGGACGCGACACAGCUCGUCAAGAAAGCUGCAGGACAUCACCGAGGACUUCUACCACGACUUGCACGUGCACAACAAGAACAACGCGACUCAGCAGCGGUGCCUCAGGCAACGACUCCGGUCCUUGAACAGCCCAGAAGACAUCAAAACGGGCAACGUGCGCAUUGAAAUGCUGAAGUUCAUUCAGGAUAUGACGGAAGGUGCUAAAGUGGUGUUGAGGCGGUUGAACAUAGACAAGAAAUCUAGUUUAUCGUAGAGGAAACAUUAGAAAGAAGUUUUAUUUUGAGCGAUAUACGUUGAGGAUUCGUGCGAAAGUAGUUCGUUCUCUGCAUCCGUACUUGAUUGCGUGCAUAGUAUCAUGAACUCGCUGCACGACGCCCUGAAACUCAGUCAAUGAAGCCAGUUGAACGAGCAAUCACCAGCGGCCUCUCGUUGUUUAGUUUUAAUAACAAGUUUCGAAUAACAAACAGACAAUGUAUUUGCGUCGCGCUGCAUCAUCUCCCAAGUUACAUUUUAGAAGCUCUUGCAAUUAGAUAUGGCGAUAUAAUUU